AUCUUCAGGCGUGUGUUGAAGCUUCCUGGCAAUCUAUACUAAAGAGUAAUCGAAUAAAUAUACAAGUUUCGCAAUGCCGUACAGAAAUUUCACAUUGCAAACAAUACUAAUUGUGGCAAUUUUGCCGCUGAUCUGCUUGGCUACUGAUCCUGACGAUCGGUGGCACACAUAUCGGGCCUCGCCAAGGCUGACCGGACCCGUUAAGCUACUGCACGAUUCCCAGGAUGCGACACUGAAUUCCUUGGAUGAGGCACUGCAGAAGAUCUCAACGAUCUAUAUGCAUGCACUGGUCUCUGGCACACAUACACCUGAAUUGGAGGCGCCACUGCGAGCCCUCGAAGUGGAACUUUUCGAUCUACUGGAUCAGUUGUACAAGCAGCAUCGCCUCAAGGACUAUAUGCAGUACGAGGCGGAAGUGACGCGACAAAUGAUUAUCUACAACAUGCUCAAGCGAUUGUUCGGCUAUACCCAAGACAAUGGAGAAGCUGAGCAAUAGAAAUUGUGUGGAGGGGCGAAGGGAAAUGAAAGUGAUUGAAUAAA